AUGACGUCGAGUUCCGCGGCCCACCAGAGCCUCAGCGCUGGCCUUUCACCAGUGGCCAAGAUGGUUUUUGAUAGGGCACCAACAUUCAUCAAGCCGCCUACUGGAACAUCUGGCCCUGCCUCGGUCAACGGACAGGUUGCCCAGCAGCCUCCACAACCUCCUUCGACACCCAAAGCCGCCUUGCCGCCGAGACAAUCGUCGACGAGCGCAGAAACUCACCGAGGAAACAACUUCCGCUUUGAAGUUGCGAUUCCUUCUAAGAAAUUCGACCCCAAAGCAUACGUGGAGGUUCCUGACCAAGCUGGUUCGCUUCCAGCGACCGUCAACCCGUCUGAGGUGACUCGGGUCGCUACACCAACGCAACUUGUGAUGAAGCAAGAGACCCCUACUCAUCCUCAACAUCCGGUGCAAUCUGCCCCUACACAGCGUGGCUCUACUCAUACUACUCCUAUGGAUCAUACUCCUAUGCAGCCUCCUAAACAAGAAACGCCAGGGGGGUCUGAUGUCCCGGUGGCAUCUUUCGCCAUCGAGUUGCCGCGUGCUCCUGGGUUCAAUAAGGAUGAAUACCUCGAUGUAGCGGUACCAGACUCUCCCGACGAGCCUACAGGGUUGUCCAUGCGUAGACAGGAUGGCGCAUACCAAAGCCGACAGGACGAUAUUAGCACAAAUCUCAACCAACGGCAGCGAGCCGAAGCAGCACUGCAGGACCUUGAACGACUAACCAAGAGCGUUUUCGAUGCUAUUAGGCAUGUGCUCGGAAACGAACCGGGUUACGAGCAGGUGGCCACUCUGAACAGCGACAACGAGGCCGUUUUGACAGGGUCCACGCAGCAGAAGCUGCAGACAGCUAUUUCCAAGACGAUUGAUCUGGGAAGCUACGACCAGGCACCCAUCGAGGACCUUCAGUACAUCCAGAAACUGAGCGAAGCGGGGCUGACGCACACUCUCAACCUCGACUUCAGAAUCGAAGAGUCGUGGGGCGAGUCGGAUGUUACGAGUUGGGUGAACCAGCUGCCCGAAAUCGAGAUGGGUCUCAAGACAGCUCGUACAUGCCUUCGGAUAAUGUGCGGCGGCAGAGAAGAGAAGCAGAUCUACUCGGAAGAGACCAUCCAAAAGUCAACCGAUGUUUUCAAGGGCGUUGUUGAGGGCAUUGUCAUUCCUGUCGUUGAGAUGAGAGGCAGUGGCUCAUCAUCUGCCCUCUUCAAAUUGUUGCAGCCUCAUAAAAAGGCGAUUGGCCCGAUUCUCACGAACUGUCAGAAGCUGUUCGCACUGCUCGCUAAGCUCGUCACAAGCAUUGAGCUUUCAGAUACCGCUCUCGGUACUCUGGAAUUUGCUGCAUCGAGUCUUCUCUUUGUGGACAACGCUUACCUGGAGAAAGACUCUGUCGUCGGAGUACAGAGGUUCGACGGAAUCCGCCUUACUGCAAUGGAGAUGCUCUGCCAAAUCUUUCUUGCAAAGCCUGACCAACGUCGUGGCAUCUUUGACGACAUUCUCACUUCGCUGGAAAAGCUCCCAGUCGGGAAGCAGAGUGCGCGUCAGUUCCGCUUGUCAAACGGCGGGAGCAUCCAGCCAGUGUCGGCGCUCAUUAUGCGUCUCGUGCAAGCCAGCUCCGGCAAGGUUGACGAGAAGGGCACUCGCAGUCGAUUGGCGAUGAUGGCGGAUGACGAUGCCGACGAGGACGAGGAGAUGACCCAACCUGGCAAACAGGCUGUGGCUGCGACCAUCAAAUCAGAGGAAGCGGGUGCCUCGCAGCAUAAGCUAGCAUUAGAAGAGCUCAAGGCCGUUGCAUUACCAUUAACGGAGGCCUCCACUCACAACGCCAACUACGUUGUCAACUUCAUGGUUAAUCGCGCUCUGAAGUCUACAAAGUCCGGCGAUACACCUUACCGCAAUCUGCUCGACCUGUUCGUGGAGGACUUCACUGAAUGUCUCGAUUCCCCCGACUGGCCAUCUGCAGAGCUGAUCCUACGACAAAUGACUUUCUACAUGAUGAAGCUAUGGGAAGGAGACAGAACCGCCGCGCCGGCCAAGAACAUGGCUCUUGAACUCCUCGGGGUCAUGAGUGCUGCAGUCUCCAAAUUGCGGUCACAUGUUCGCAAGAUUACCUACUCGAUGGAUGGCAGUGAUUCUAAUGAGCUUUCUCGCUAUCUCUCGGAUUUGGCGACCUCCGCAUUGGAGCAGAAGACCCGUAUCGAGCACGAUGUUUCAUGGUCCGGGCCGUAUCGAACAGCACUUGAGCAUCUCCAGCGGCGCUCUGGCGACGAUCCUCACUUGCAAGGCGCCAUAUCUUUCCUAAUCGCAGAUUGGGCACAGAGAAUCUUCUCCGGUUACGAUGCCAUGCAGGAGACCUACGAUUCUCUCGACCAAGAGUUCGGGCGUCUGGCUUUUCGGCUUCGCAUGAUGAUUGAGGACAGACGAUGGCUCUCCAACGAAUACACUUUCAAAGACGUCACCAAUAAUCAUGCCAAGCUGGCUCACUCAAUCAUCCUCCUGCGUUCGCCAUUCUGCGAACAUUUCAAAGCUAUGCUCAAUGUACUCCUUAAUGCCAUGGCUAGUGACCAGGCUACCGUCCGCAGCAAGAGUCUCAAGAGCAUCAACCAGCUUUUGGAGACCGAUCCCGCCAUCUUGGACGGUGACUCUGUAGUCGUUCAUCUAAUCAUCAACUGCUCGAGUGAUUCUUCGCCUCAAGUGCGGGAUUCCGCCAUCGGAUUGAUGGGCAAGUGCAUUGGUCUGCGCCCGAGGCUUGAGGAUAAGAUGGCGGAGAGAAUCAUUGAGAGAUUUAUCGACUCUGGUAUCGGCGUGCGGAAGAGAGCAAUGAAGUUGGCUCGAGACAUUUAUCUUCGCAACCAGAGCCGGGAAAUUCGCAGCACUAUCGCCAACGGAUUGCUUCACCGUGUGCAGGAUCCGGACGAAGGUGUGCGAGAGCUAGCUCGCCAGAUGAUUGAAGAGGUCUGGUUCGCUCCGUUUUACCAAGUCGAUGAUACGGCUGCCUUUAAGACAUCUUUGACCGAUCACGUCGCCCUCAUGAUUCAGACAGUUAAGUCUGGAAAUGUUGGUGCCGUCCUCGACAAAGUGCUUCAAUCCAUCCUUGGAGGCCAGAACAAGGCUCACAACGGGCCGUUUGGAGUCAGCAUGAAGCUGGUCGAAAAGAUGUUCGAGCUGAUUGACAACCUGGAUUCAGACGACCCGGCAGUUCCUCCUGGACGAGAUGCACUGCAAGUCUUGCAGAUAUUUGCCAAGGCAGACGCGAAGCUCUUCACCUUCGAGGAGAUUAGACUUCUUAAGCCCCAUCUUGCUAGCAUCAGCGGUGCUGAUGAUCUGGCUGUUUUCAAAGCUGUUACCGUCAUCUACCGCCAGGUUUUGCCGCAGCUCUCUAGCAAAUACGCCGACUUCCUCCGCGAAGUGAGAGAGCAGCUGCAGAAUUCCGUUGGCAGGCUUAGCAAGAACUUAUUGGACGAUGUUGUUGCCUGUUUGUGGAUCAUUGCCGACCUCUUGGACAAUCGCGACAAGCUGGCCUAUCUAGGCGCGUCCAGUUUGCGCGGAGUCGCCAGCAUGCGGAACACGCAAAUGGAUGCCACUAAGCUCAUGAAGUUUGCCAGAUACUCGACAAUUGUGGGGAUGGUUGGCAAGCACUGUGAUUUGGACUCCGAGAUUGACGUUUUCAAGAAGAUCUUCCCGAAGUACUCGGGCACAUCGGUUGCAAAGCUCAUGGUCGACAACCUCUCGCCAUGGGCCGAUGAGUCGCAGGUCAUGGAGGCCCGGAAGCAUGCACUUGAUGCCAUCGGUCUUAUUUGCCAAGCCCAUCCUCGAAACUACGUCUCGCCAAAUGUCUACACCAAGUUCCAGCAAGUGUUUGAGGCCAGAGUUCCAGCACUGGAGAGUACGAUCCUCCGGUCUUUCAAGGAAUUCCUCAUCACCGAAGAAAAAAGGUCUGAGGCUGCUACUGCCGCCGCCACCGCUGGUCCCGAGGGUGACAAGAAGCGCGAGCUGACUGUCAUGGGUGGAACGAAUUACGACGACGUGGCAAGUGCGACAACCCAGCGUUUUCUUAAAGAGAUCACUCGGAUCGCUCUGUCAUCUCAAGAUGAGCACGCCUUCCUAGCGGUUGAGGUUCUCGGCAGCAUCAACCGCCAGGGUCUCGUCCAUCCCAAGGAAACAGGCGUAACCCUGAUCACGUUGGAGACUUCGUCAAUGACCAAGAUAUCCGAGGUCGCAUUUAUGGAGCACCGAGCGCUUCAUGAGAAACACGAGACUGUCAUCGAGCGAGAAUACGUUAGGGCGAUCCAAGCUGCAUACGAGUAUCAGCGAGAUAUUGUUAAGGAUACUCGUGGCGCAACCACGAACCCAUUCCAGUCGAAGCUCCAUCUUUUGAUGGAAGUCCUCAAAGUCAGCAAGUCCAAGAACCGACAGAAAUUCCUGGAGAAACUCGUUUUCCAGGCCGAUUUCGACCCUUCAAAGCUUGACGUUUCCGCACAAUUGCCCCCGCAUGUCGAAUAUGCCAGGUUUAUGAUCGAAAACCUUGCUUACUUCGACUACGUGACGGUUGGAGAAGUUCUGGUAACGGUUCAUGCAAUGGAAAAGCUGUUUUCGACAACCGGAUCCAGCAUGGCGCACGUUAUCGAAUCUGAGAUAUUCAACGUGCGCAUGGACAUGGACAAACCAGAUGACCUGCAGGGCGAUGGACAGCCAACACAACCCCAGCUGACCAUUCCCCCAAAGAGGCUUCGCCAGCUCACGUCUGGAUCCAUUAUACUGCUUUGCCUCUGGGAAGCUAGAACCUACCUUCGGCGUCUCUACGGCUUAGGCAGCAAGCGCGAGACGAAGACGAAGCUAGCAGCGAAAGACCUCAGCAAAGCGCCUACCAAGGUCCAAGGCGUGACAGGAGACAAGUUCUGGGAGGAAGUCAACUCGCACAUGACCGGACUCGCGUCGCAAGAAGCUACGUUGGCGAAGUGCAAGGCCUUUGUGGAGUUGAUGAACGUCGACAAAGAGUUCAAGGUGGCCGACGAAGACGACAUUGAUGGCGAAGAUGCCGGCACGCCUAGCGAGGGUGAAGACGAUGGCUCCACAGCCGAUGGUAGAGGCCGGAAGAGAAAGGCUGGCUCAUUGCCCGGAAACCGCAAGAAGAGAGCCCGCUCAACGUCUCGAGCAAGAGGACGCGGCCGACCACGCAAGAACCCUGUCCUAGCCGAACUCGAGGACGAUGCCGACGGCGACCUGGAUGACAUGGACUUUAUGUGA